UUUUUCUAUAAAAGUUGCUCUGAUGAUAAUCGUCUUCAGUUGUGUUUUCUGUGGCAAAGUGUGAGGAGCAAAAUGAUGGAUCUAAAGUGUACUAUAGUUGUUCUGAGUUUUUUUGUGAUAGUGAACGUUGCAUUAGCUCGUGAUUACCGAUGCACGGUGGAAGGGAACAGCUGUUUGUUCCGAGAUGUUCAACUCAAGACAAGUGAAUUGCUUGCAAAAGCAACCUUUUCGUCGAAUACCGACUCGCCGAAAAGCGUAAGAUUCGAAUCGUCUUCUAUGUUUCAGCUUCCGGCUGCAGUUUUUCAGAAAUUUCCCAACAUUGAAGUGUUUGACGGAAGCUACAGCGGAAUCAAGGCUCUUCAAAGUGGUUCUUUUCUAUCCGCUACACGUAUUAGGGAAGUAAACUUAACUGGGAAUAAAAUUUCCGCGUUGGGAAACAAUCUCUUUGAUGGCGCAGGAAAAAUUAACAGCUUAGAUUUGGCUCAGAAUGAUAUCAGUGAUGUUUCAGCUAAUGCCUUUGGAGGGUUGAGUCAGUUGAAAAAGUUGAAUCUGAGCAGUAAUCGAAUUGCAGCACUAUCACCGAAUGUGUUUACUCCAUUGGUUGCCGUUGAGGUUGUGGAACUUCAGCAUAACAUGCUCUCAAAAAUUGAUGAUGGAUUAUUUACCAGCUGUACCGAAUUGAUCACGCUGAACGUGUCUCACAAUGCAUUGCAAAAGUUUGAGCUGCGUCAAUUUUUACGUGAGUGGUCUGUAGAUGCCAUCGAUGUUAGCCAUAACCGUCUCAAAACAGUUAGUAUUCCGAAAAAUUUGAGAAAGUUGGUGGCAUCAAAUAAUCAGAUACAAUCAGUGGAAGCAUUGGGUAAGGAGCCAGCACUCAUCUUUCUUAGAUUGUCUUACAACAGAUUGACAAGCAUAGAGCAGAUCCCCAACCUCAACAAACUGGUUACACUAGAUCUGUCCUACAAUCAGCUGGAGACGUUCGACUUCAAUUCGGUGAAGAAGUUCAAAAAUCUUAUUCUGCUCAAACUAGACGGGAAUAAAAUAGCGUCAAUUUCCAACACAUUAGUCAAUGACGUAAGGUAUGUAAAGUACAUUCACUUGGCCCACAAUCGGCUGACGCGGUUUGACAUGGACACAUUCCGUACGUUGCCCCGUAUCAUCAAGCUAGACGUGGGCUAUAAUCAGUUGACCGAAUUCAACGCGAAACGUAUUGGCGACAAGUUUCCGGUUCUGGUGCGUCUGAUAUUGGAUGGAAACGAUUUCCUGUGUGAUCGUGUUGGUGAAUUAACCAACGAACUUAAACAUGCCAUAACUGAGUACCGAAGCACUAUCGAAAAAUGCAAGGCUGGACAACGUUUGGUGGAUGGGAUUUGCUGCAAGUAGCAGUGGAGCAAAAAUAUCAAUAAAUAAAAUUUAAAACUACAAAACAUACCAUCCUGAUAUUUUUUAAAAUUUAUUUAUCAAAUUUUAAAUCAAAAAACUCCAUUUAACGACUACAUCUACCAACUAGGGAAUCAUUGCAGAGAAAUACAGUACAUGUUACAUACAUACAUACAUACCAGCUGCUAGUUAAUCGGUCGGCAGAAAUUGGGUUUCCACUUCCGUUCUCAGCUCAGCAUUUUCCAUGAUUAGCUGUUUGAUCAUUUUGCGCGAUUUAUAGAUUUCCUUCGUGAGUCGGACGAUUUUCUCUCGCAGGUGAUGUUCGGUUGAGGUGCAGCAGAUGAAUUUGUGCUGUUCUGGCUUGGUGCAGUUCCGGUUAGCAGCGGACCAUUUGACGUAAGCCCGUUCCAGUGUCGUAACGAUGUUCAUCAGAUUAAUGCAGUCCCAGUCGUUGUUAUCGGUGGAAACCAGCGCCAGGUAGGGGAAGUUUUGCUCCACAUCUUCGAUACGCAUGUCGAUUAGCUCGUUUCCAUGGAGGUAAAUGUUUUCCAGCGCCGGGAAAGUAUCAAACACAGCCAAAUCAAUAAAUAGAAACUUGUUGUGGGCGAGAUUUAGUGUGCGAAGAGAUUUCGCCGGUGCCGGUAUGCCAUUGUCUAUGAUCCA